CAUUCGCAAACAAACUUUAACCAAUUCAUUCUCAUAGCCAAAACUGAAGUAUACUUUUUAUUUACAAAAUUCUUUAUAAUGGGCGACCGAUACAAUAUCCACAGUCAGCUGGAACAUUUGCAGAGUAAAUACAUAGGAACAGGCCAUGCGGACACUAGCAAAUAUGAAUGGUUAACAAAUCAACACAGAGACUCCUGCGCCAGUUAUUUAGGACAUCAAGACUUGCUUAAUUAUUUUGCUAUUGCCGAAAAUGAAUCUAAGGCUAGAAUAAAGUUCAACUUGAUGGAAAAGAUGCUACAGCCUUGUGGACCUCCACCUGAAAAACCAGAUGAAUAGACAUAAAUUUGGUUCAUGGAUCUACUUUGUAAAACUAUUUUAUAUCAAACAAAUAUAUAGGUAAUAAGGAAAUAUAA